AGAUCAGUGGGCUCUGUCAGUGCUUUGGCAAGAAUAUGAUAAAAAGAUAAGAUCGAAAGAUAAGGAUGAGUGUGAGAAGAGGAGGAGUUGUGAAAACAAAUGGAAAGAUAUAAAAUUAGGUCAGAUAGAUCCUGAAAGGACAGAUAGACGACAAAAGUGGAAGAACUGCAAUGGUCAAAUCAGGAUCUAUUAGCGUUCUGUUGAUGACUUUCCUUUUUGGGAGUGGAAACUUCUUAAAAAUGGAGAGAGCCCUAGUCGAAACACCCAAGGACGUCUGAUGGCAUCGGCUCCUCCUAGCCAAGGCUACACUCUUGCAUGGUGAAUGUAAGACAAGCAUCUCUUAGAUACAGUAAGACUGAGAGAAGAGGAGGAGAUGUGAAAUUGAAUGGAAACGUAUAAAAUAAGGUGAGACAGUUGCAAGAUUAUUGUGAGGACAGACAGACGACAGAAGCUGAUGAACUGCAAUGGUCAAAUCAGGAUCUAUUAUUCUGUUGGUGACUCUCCUUUUUGGGAGUGGAAGCUUCUUAAGAAUGGAGAGAGAGUUUCUUACAAAUGUCACUGCGCAGUGUCCUAUGCCUAAACCGUGUAAUGUGUAUGGCUUCACUGACUGGUACAAAGUUGGCAGUCACUGUGUCAAAUACUUCAACAGACCUCUCAACUUCACUGAAGCCGAGUUCAGCUGUAGGACCAAAGCCCCUGGUGCACACCUGGUGUCGGUGCAUCAUCGAAAGCAUAAUGAUUACUUGCUCUCCAUCGUGAAAAAAUUAAACCCAAAAAACCUGCGCAUCUGGCUUGGAGCAUUUGAAUUUUUUAAGUCUGGUAAAAUGUUUUGGAUUGAUGGAUCCUUCUGGGAUUUUCAAAUUUGGACAAGUGGUGAACCCAACCAUAUGUACACUAGCACAGAGGAAUGUGUGGAGAUGAACUGGAAAGAGAUUGGCAAAUGGAAUGACGACUCUUGUCAUGUCAAGAAAAACUACAUCUGUGCCUUCAAACAAAAGGCUAACUUGAAACCAGGCUCUGAGGAGAUGGAGUAGUUUUAUCUGGGUAUCGUUCCAUAAAACUUUCUGAAUAAAAUGAUUUUCUCUGCUUCAACAAAAAAACUUACAAUAAAAAUAAAUAAAAUAAAAAAACAAUUCUUCAGAUAGCUUUAAAAUGCUAAUAAAGAAUGUUUGCAAUC